CACAAACUUCACUACAAUAUCGUUUCCGCAAUGAGCUGUUAGAGGUUCGAUGGUAUGAUAUGAAGCAGUGUUUGCUAAAUCCCAUCCGAAGGAAGGAUUACAUUCGCGAUGUUUACCUAGACCUCCUGCACAAGUCCAACACGACGCUGGCUUUUAUCUCUUUGUAGCGCGAAUACCAUUAUGGACUCGGAGUACCUGAAGAAGCGCCUGCUCAACUGCUUGGCAAACGGACUCGCUGAGAUUGUCGAGCGUCGACCGGCGGAUCCCAUUCUGUUCCUGGCCCACUACCUGUACAAGUCCAACUCGAACGCCGAAUAUGUGGCAGAGAAAAAGGCCAGAUUGGCUCAGCUGGAGCAGGAGCAACAGCAGGCCAAAGUGAUGCAGACGGAAGAAGAACAAACCGCCCAAGCUGGGAGGCAAAGUGUAUCCGGGGGGAGUCACAGUGCAGCCAUUGCUGAGAAGACCAACAUGACACUGGAGGGAAAACCUGAAGAGGAUGACCAACAGCAGGACCAUGGGUCUAAGAAUGAACCUGAGGUGAAACAUGCACUACAUGAAACCGGUCCUGGCUCCACAGAAGUUUCAGAGGCGACCACAGCUUCACUGGGAGCUACCAAUCACGAUGUGGAUAUGGUUGCUAAUGAUACAAGCAAGGUAGAACAGAGUGGUCAAGAUGGGAAGCAGAGCAGUGGAGAGACAAGUGAGCAGGGGAGAGAAGAGUCUGGGGAGCCGAGGGAAACCAUCUACACUGAGCAGGAGAAGCAUGGGGAUCAUUUCGGAGGAGAUGACAGUGACAACAAGUCAGAGGAGGUAGUGAGCAAAGGAGGUGAGGAGAUUAAAGGUGAUACAUGUGUGCAGUCGGUUGGUACAGAGGGAACGACAGGGGAGUCAGGUGAUAGAGGUGAAGCAGUUGCUAGGUUAGGAUCAGACCAUGUAGCUGUGAAAGAAAAACAUGGUCUGCAGAACAGCAGCGAAGACCCGGGUGAGCAAGACACGGAGAAGGCUGGAAGGGAUGGUGCAAAAGCCCACAGUCAUGAUGAAGGUGAAGUGGGAAGUUUUGUUCAGACGCUGGCUGAUAAACAUGAAGAGAGCAGAGAACAGGCAAAUGCUCAAGGUAAGGCAGGGGUGGGGGAUCACAGUGAAGCCACAGGAUAUGCAAGUGACGCGGCAGGAGAGCCAGGUGAUCAGGGAGUGACAACAAUUCCUGAUGGGGCAGAGUCAGGGAGUCACGGUGUCAACCAGACUAGGGGAGAGCCGGGUGAUAUCGAUGAAGCUGAGAAGAGUAGUGCAGUGCUAGAUGAUAAAGGUGAAGCAGAGUUAGACCCAGAGAUGACAGAGACUAAAGCAGACGGCCAAGCUUCCAUGGAUGAUAACAGAGACUCAGGUGAUCAGGGGGAGACGAAGAUUCCUGAGGAGGAAAGAGGUGGCGAUGCAUAUGAAAAUGAGUCAGGAGGUCAAGGUGUCAAGGAGUCUGUGUGGCAGUCAGGUGAUAUAGAUGAAGCAGAAGGUUCAGCAAAAGAGAAGACUGAAGAAGAGUCAGGUGAUAAAGCUGGAGCAGUUGGUCAAGCACCUGGGGACAGUCAGAGAGAGGCAGGUGAUCAAAGUGAGAAGGAGAAUACUGAUGAAGCUACUGGAGAACAUGUAGUGACUGCAGGUAUGGUUGACAGUGGAAGGGAAGAAAGUCACAGAGGAGAAGACGAGGCAGGUGCUCACGAUGUGGCACCAAACCGAGCAGGGUCGGGGGAUGAGAGUGAGCAGGCAUCUGAGCAAGGUGUAGAGGUGGUAAAUAUUGUGCAAGAAAGAGGUGAUGGAAGUGUGGAAGACAGUUUUAGGGAGACGAAUGAACAAGGUAAAGAAAAGGCUACUGAUCGAGGCAAGGAAGACAUUAAGUCAGAACUGACUGAUCAAGAUGUAGAUAAAGCUGGAGAAGAGUCGGUGGACCAAAGGGUGGAAAAAUCUCAAGGAGAGACACAGGAUCACGGUGAGGGAGAAUCUGGAGGCGAGUCACUGGGUCAAGGUGAGAAAGCAUUAAGAAGGGAGCCACAGGGUCAAGGUGUGGGAGAUAUGAGACAAGAGUCACAGGACCAAAGUGUGGAAGACUUGAGAAAAGAGGCAGAGGAUCCAGUUGUGGAAGACUCAAGGGAAGAGUCACAGGAUCCAGGUGUGGAAGACUUGAGAAAAGAGGCAGAGGAUCCAGUUGUGGAAGACGCAAGGGAAGAGUCACAGGAUCCAGGUGUGGAAGAUUUGAGAAAAGAGGCAGAGGAUCCAGGUGUGGAAGACUCGAGAAAAGAGGCAGAGGAUCAAGGUAUGAAAGACUCAAGAGAAAAGUCAGAGGACCCAGUUGUGGAAGACUCAAGGGAAGAGUCACGGGAUCCAGGUGUGGAAGACUUUAGAAAAGAGGCAGAGGAUCCAGGUGUGGAAGACGCGAGAAAAGAGGCAGAGGAUCAAGGUAUGAAAGACUCAAGGGAAGAGUCACAGGAUCCAGGUGUGGAAGACUUUAGAAAAGAGGCAGAAGAUCCAGGUGUGGAAGACUUGAGAAAAGAGGCAGAGGAUCAAGAUAUGAAAGACUCAAGAGAAGAGUCGGAGGAUCCAGUUGUGAAAGACUCAAGGGAAGAGUCACAGGAUCCAGGUGUGGAAGACUUGAGAAAAGAGGCAGAGGAUCCAGUUGUGGAAGACUCAAGGGAAGAGUCACAGGAUCCAGGUGUGGAAGAUUUGAGAAAAGAGGAAGAGAAUCCAGGUGUGGAAGACUUGAGAAAAGAGGCGGAGGAUCAAGAUAUGAAAGACUCAAGAGAAGAGUCGGAGGAUCCAGUUGUGAAAGACUCAAGGGAAGAGUCACAGGAUCCAGGUGUGGAAGACUUGAGAAAAGAGGCAGAGGAUCCAGUUGUGGAAGACUCAAGGGAAGAGUCACAGGAUCCAGGUGUGGAAGAUUUGAGAAAAGAGGAAGAGAAUCCAGGUGUGGAAGACUUGAGAAAAGAGGCGGAGGAUCAAGAUAUGAAAGACUCAAGAGAAGAGUCGGAGGAUCCAGUUGUGAAAGACUCAAGGGAAGAGUCAGAGGAUCCAGGUGUGGAAGACUUGGGAAAAGAGUCACAGGAUCCAGGUGUGGAAGACUUGAAAAAAGAGGCAGAGGAUCGAGGUGUGGAAGACUUGAGAAAAGAGGCAGAGGAUCCAGGUGCGGAAGACUCGAGAGAAGAGUCACAGGACCAAGUUGUGGAAGAAUCUCGAGAGUCAGGUGAUUCAUUAAUUGAAAGGGUAACCGAGGAGGGAAGAAAUCAAAAAACAAUAGACGAAAAUGAGGAAGUGUUGGCUGACAAAGACAACAAGAGAAGCAACAGACCAACCUUGGGUGAUCAAGGUGAGACUGGAAACACAGAAAAUAAGGAAUAUUGUCUGGCUGAAGGGGUGAAUUCAGUGAAAGAAGCCGACUGGGUUAUCAACAGUGAUAGGGAGUCUCAUGAUAAAGCUCUGGAUGAGACCACACAAAAGGAUGAAGCUGAUAACUAUGUGGCGGGAAAAAGUGAGACUGAGGUGGGAGAUGAAAGUGUGAUCAAAACAAGAGGUCAAGAAAGAGAACAAGAUAGAAAGGGAAAUGAGGAGAAGGAGGCAGUUGUUGACAUUGUUGAGGAGGACAAGAGGGGUGAGGAAGCGAACACUGGAGAUCCCACAAGUGAGCCAUGUGAGAAGGAAGACAUUGAGCAGGAUAAUAAUGGUGAUGCAGGGGAAGCUUUCGGUGUGGAACAAGAGAAGGCCACCGAACAGGUCAACCAAACUUCAGAGAAGGUGAUCAGCGAGGAUAAAACUGAAUCUGGAGAGGAUGAAGAAAUGACAGCCUUGAGAACCGAGGAGGCAGCUGAAUCCUCUGAUUUCAGAUUGUGAUCAAAGACGGUGGAAUCUGAGAGGGUGCAGUCGAGCAUCCGGCCAUGGAUGAAACAACCUCAGAAGCAAACACUUUAGUUGACUGAAGAGGUUACAAGCGGCUGAAAUUGGUUAGAUGGUUGGACCUCGUGAUGAAAGCCAGUUUUCACUGUUCAACAGGAAAACAAACUCUUUCCAACUAUCUGAAUUGUAUGUGGCAGUAACUUACACAAAUGCAAUUAA